AUGGACAGCAUAAAAGAAGCUAUAUCAGCUAUCUUCACGGGUAUGGUGGUCGCCGACUUCCUUCGCGAAACUGGUCGCGUGUUGCAAGCCAUCGAAGUAUACAAGGAAUGUUUGAUUAUAAUACAUAGUCUGGUGCUGGUAAUCGAUAUUUCAUUGGCAAACACUAUGUUCUGUGCCAUCUACUUGGCAAUAUUCUGUGCCUACGAUUAUAUAAAGGAUUACACAAAUACAGAAAAUUACCUUAAAGAACUUCUUCUCUACCUAGACUCUCAUGACACCGCUGAAAAAGGAUGGCUACAUUUAAAACUGGCAGAAAUACUUCGGGUACAAAGUAAGUUCAUGGAGGCCUGGAAAUUUUACGAAUCAGCAAUCAACAUCAUGAAAACGAUUGGAGACACACAUGGCCAGGGAGUAUGUUACAUAAGGCUCGGGAAAAUGUUUCAAUCGCUUAAUCAAUAUGACAAGGCCCGAGAAUAUCAGGACAAAGCACUCGCUAUCAGAAUAGAAAUUGGCGACAGGGAUGGAGAAGCAACAAGCUACGGAAACCUAGGAACUUUGUUCCAAUCACUUGGUCAUUAUGACAAGGCCCGAGAAUAUCAGGAGAAAGCACUCGCUAUCAGAAUAGAAAUUGGCGACAGGGAUGGAGAAGCAACAAGCUAUGGAAACCUAGGAACUUUGUUCCAAUCACUUGGUCAUUUUGACAAGGCCCGAGAAUAUCAGGAGAAAGCACUCGCUAUCAGAAUAGAAAUUGGCGACAGGGAUGGAGAAGCAACAAGCUACGGAAACCUAGGAACUUUUUUCGCAUACCUUGGUCAACAUAGCGAAGCUAGAGUGUAUGGAGAAAGCACUUCGUAUCAAUAAGAAAAUUGGUGGAAAAAGAGGAGAGGCAAAUAGUUAUACAAACCUCACAGGUUUGUUUCUCUCGCUCGGCAAGUAUGCAAAGGCUGAUGAAUAUCUAAAUAAUGCAAUGGCAGUUAGAGAGGGUAUCGGUGAUAGAAGCGGAGAAGCAGCAGAUUACAGACACCUUGGGUUAAUUUCUUGUAAGCGUGGUGAAUAUGACAAGGCUCAAGAAUAUUUCGAGAGAGCCUUUACAAUUCACAAGAAAAUUGGUGAGAGAAAAGGACUACUAGUCAAUUACAGCGAUUUAGGAAUGUGUUUCCAAUCGCUAGGUAAAUAUGACAUGGCUGAAGAAUACCUUAAGCAGGCUCUCCUAUUAAGUAGGGAUAUUGGACUCAACUUGAAGGAGUUUCAGUGUCUUUGUCAUCUAUCGGAGUUAAAGGCGUCACAAGGUAAUCUUGAAGAGGCUUCUUUGCAUCUUUUUCGAGCCAUCCAAAAGUUCGACACUUUGAGAGGUUUUCUUAAAGAAAACGAUCAGUUUCAAAUAUCUUUUUUAGAACAGCACGGCACCUUUCCCUACAAGUUUUUCAGUAGGUUGCUCUCUUCCACCGGAAAGUCGCAAGAUGCCCUUUACGUCGAAGAGCUGACAAGGGCAAGAGGCCUGGCUGACUUGAUGGCAGCUCGGUACUCUGUUCAAGAGCAGAUCUCAAGCGACCCACAAUCUUGGUAUGGCAUUCAAGGGAUCAUCACAAAAGAAGCAGAAUGUGCAUGCCUGUACAUUUCGGUUGGUCAAAAUGAUGUGCGGUUUUGGAUAAUUAAAGCAACGGGAGCCAUUCAGUUUUUAGAAAAGAAAGUGAAGCUGGACCAAAACAAGGUGACCGGAAUAGUCCCUGAGUUAGAUGAGUUUUUUAAAGAAGCCUUCCGCAGCCAAGCCAUUUUACCCGAACAGAAUUGCGAAGAUCGAUCUUUAGAUGACACCGAACUGACGUCACUUCCCUACGACAAGCGCUCAGUGCUGCGUGACUAUGAUGCCAAAGAUUUCAAAACAAGUCUUGACUUGUGUUACAAGAUAAUCAUCGCUCCUGUAGCCAGUUUACUGAAACAGCCCGAGAUCAUAAUUGUCCCUGAUUCCUGUGUGUACCAAGUGCCAUUUACAGCCUUGGCUGACGAAGGAGGCAAGUAUUUAUCAGAGACAUGCAGGAUUCGGAUAGUUCCCUCUCUGACCACUCUCAAGCUUGUUCAAGACAGUCCUCCAGAAUAUCACAGUCAGACCGGGGCACUGAUAGUGGGUGACCCUGUGGUUGGAGAGGUGAUUUACAAGGGAAGGCGCAGAAAUAUAGCACCAUUGCCGUGUGCAAGAAAGGAAGCAGAGAUGAUUGGAAGACUUCUUGGCGUAACGCCUUUAAUAGGAUAUUCUGCGACAAAGCAUUCUGUACUUCAAACGAUAAAUUCAGUGAGCUUGAUACACAUUGCUGCCCAUGGUGAUGCCGAAAGAGGGGAGAUUGUUCUUUCUCCUAAGCACACUUCCCCACUCUCACCUUUACCUCGAGAAGGAGAUUAUCUUUUGACGAUGGCGGAUAUUUCAAAAACUAGGUUGCGAGCUAAACUAGUGGUUCUUAGUUGUUGUCACAGUGCUCGCGGACACAUUAGAACCGAGGGAGUUAUCGGAAUUGCCCGAGCGUUCUUAGGAGCCGGAGCUCGCUCAGUGUUAGCGGCACGAUGGGCCCUGGAUGACACAGCCACAGAGCAGUUCAUGACUUGUUUCUACAGACAUUUGUUCCGCGGUGAAAGCGUCAGUGAAUCUCUCCAUAAGGCCAGGAAGUGGAUGAGAAACAACGGUUUUGACAAAGUUUCUCAAUGGGCGCCAUUUAUGAUCAUGGGCGACAACGUGAAAUUUGAUUUUGGAAAUUGGCCGGUGCCUAGCGUACCUUAA